AUGUCUGAUGCGAAUGCUAACGAAGACGUGAGAAUCCUGGGCUACGACCCGCUGGUGUCGCCUGCGCUGCUGCAGGUGCAAGUGCCAGCCACAGAGGUGUCUAUCCAGACCGCUAGGCGCGGGAGGAAAGAGUCCAUCGAGAUCAUCACCGGCCGUGACGACCGUGUGCUCGUGAUCGUCGGACCUUGCUCGGUUCACGACCUCGACGCCGCGCAGGAGUACGCGCAGAGGCUGAAGAAGCUGUCCGACGAGCUGCAGAAGGACCUGUGCAUCGUGAUGAGAGCGUACCUGGAGAAACCAAGAACCACGGUCGGCUGGAAAGGGUUGAUCAACGACCCUGACGUCAACAACACCUUCAACAUCAACAAGGGCCUGCAGAGCGCCAGACAGCUGUUCGUGAACUUGACCAACACCGGUGUCCCUAUCGGCUCUGAGAUGCUGGAUACCAUCUCCCCACAGUACCUCGCAGACCUGCUCUCCUUCGGUGCCAUCGGCGCAAGAACCACCGAGUCCCAACUGCACAGAGAACUGGCAUCAGGUCUGUCCUUCCCUAUCGGCUUCAAGAACGGGACCGACGGUACCUUGGGCGUCGCCGUAGACGCCUGCCAGGCCGCAUCCCACUCCCACCACUUCAUGGGUGUCACCAAGCAUGGUGUCGCCGCCAUCACCACCACCAAGGGUAACGAGCACUGCUUCGUCAUCCUGAGAGGUGGUAAGAAAGGUACCAACUACGACGCCAAGUCCGUCGCCGAGGCCAAGAAACAGCUACCGGAGGGCGCAAACGGCCUGAUGAUCGACUACUCCCACGGUAACUCCAACAAGGACUUCAGAAACCAGCCAAAGGUCAACGACGCCGUCUGCGAGCAAAUCGCCAACGGUGAAAAGGCCAUCGUCGGUGUCAUGAUCGAGUCCAACAUCAACGAGGGCAACCAGUGCAUCCCACCAGAAGGUAAGGCCGGCCUAAAGUACGGUGUCUCCAUCACGGAUGCCUGUAUCUCCUGGGAAACCACCGAAGACGUCUUGAGAAAGUUGGCUGCCGCCGUCAGACAAAGAAGAGAACACUACAAAUAA